UAUUCCCAUACGCUCAUGUUCAAUGGUUGUACUUCCUGCAGAAAUAUUCAAUAUCAUCUUUUCGCUCAUAGACGACCAACACUCUCUGGCUAAUCUCGCUCUGACUUCAUCCUUGUUUUUGCAAUGUAGCCGCCCAUAUUACUUUCGGUCUAUCAUCAUAACCGCAGAAAACGUCACGAAAUUGGCUGAUUUACUGACCAAUCCUUAUCAGACGAUUUCGGGAAGGAUUCGAGAACUUCAUCUAAUAGAUGCUCCAUUCAACGACGAUGGACCCCCACCUAGAGGAUUAUUUGAACGAGAAGACAUCCUCAUCUUCGUCGCGUCGUCGAUUGGCCCAACUGCAACAUCAAUGUUCUUAGACUGCAUUGAUUUAGUGUCUUUCCAUCCGCGCGUGUAUCAACAGUUUCUGUCUGGAUUUCCCAAUCUACUUUCUAUCGAACUCGCCAGCGUGUCUUUCGCCUCUGUCUCUCAGGUCUUGUGUAUGUUGGGCAGCUUUCAUUCGCUAGAAGGUGCCUCUCUCAACAACAUUGGCUGGGGAUCUCCUACCAACGAUACCCCCGACAAUGUAUACGACUAUGAGAUACCUCCGAGUCUUCGCAAGCUUUGUCUCUGGGGAUGCUACAAAAGAGAUGUCAUGAAGUGCUUUCUAUCCCAGAAAGCUCUUCCUAUCAUCCGAGAGCUUGAUUUGGGCUUGAUCUCCCCGUCAGAUACCGAAGCUAUUGGGGAGUACAUUGGUCGUCUGGGGAAAGAUCUUGCUUCUCUGUCUCUUGGAUUCUCUUCUCUAGAUGCGGGUGGUGAUGCAGAUGAUUUCUAUUUGAACUGUAACUUGAGUCUAAACACCCAAUUGGAAUCUAUACAUUUUGACCGACUCCUCUACUUUGCCGAAUACCGAUUGACCAAUCCUUGGCCAUGGAUCUCGAGGAUUAUCUCCUCAAUACGUUCAACGGCACUUACGACGAUCUGUUUCUCGAUUUAUCUCCCUCAUAGCCACCUGUCAAAUUCCUAUUUUCACUUCUGUUGGUCGGAAAUGGACCAAUUCUUCAACCAAAGAAUGAUGAUGCUUCCUUGCUUCAAACAUUUGCAACUUCGCAUCUGCUUCGAUUUCAGUCCGGAUCCCGAUAUGAUCCCUUUGGUUUUGGACAAAAUCGAGAAGAAACUUCCUUUGUGUAACGAAGGUGGUAUCCUCCAACUGAAGAUCAAUACCCAACAUUGAUUAAGCUGAAAUCGAUGUGCCCUCUCGUACUUGUAGAUGACCCUCCAAACGGAUUCCCCGUCAAUUUUCCGCUCGUUCUCAAAGGAUAUAUGAUGGGCUCAUCAAGUUACAUCUGAGAUGCGGAAUGGGUUUGCUCUGGGAUUCUUCGUUGAUGUAUUGGAUAUCAAGUAUAUGGACUGGUAUGACUAGUGACCAGUGCGCAUUCAGUAGUCGCAUUGUCGUUACUUGUACGCAAAUAUGAUUUUGCUUCAUUGCAGAAUGUAUAUGUAUGGCUAAAAUCGUGGUAAUGUACAAGCUGCUUCUCUCACA